CAUUACAACAUCAAGAGCUCUCGAGACAGCACAAUGCGUCUUCUUUGGUUUAUUGGCUGUCUUGCCCUUACCUUGGGGCCGCAUUCGAUUGCGGCUACGUAUGGUUGUGGCUGUCCUACGACAACGCCAACGUGUAUAACGAUUAAACCAACAACCUCAGCAUCAACAACAUCAUCAUCAUCAUCAACAACGACAACAACAACUACUCAAACACCCCCCUGUACAUCAACCACUCCAACAACACCUUGUACAACAAGAACGACAACUACCCAAACACCACCUUGUACAUCAACCACACCAACAACACCUUCUACAACAAGAACGACAACAACAACUACCCAAACUCCACCUUGUACAUCAACCACCCCAACAACACCUUCUACAACAAGAACGACAACAAGAACUACCCAAACACCACCUUGUACAUCAACAACCAAAACCACACCUUCUACAACUAGAACGUCAACAACCAGAGCAACCUCAACUACUCGACAAACAACUCGAUCUUCAACUACAACAGCAACCAAGUCAACCACAAGGCAACCAUGUCACCCAACCAAGGCACCACCCAAGCCAACCACAAGGCAACCAUGUCACCCAACCAAGGCUCCACCCAAACCUUCAACAAGGCAACCAACCAAAGCACCACCCAAGCCAACAACAAGGCAAGCAACCAAAGCACCACCCAAGCCAACUACUAGGCAUCCCUCAUGUAAAACAAGCCAGGCACCACACAAACGAACAACAAGGCCAACAACAACAAGAAAAAAUCCAACCAAGAAGGCAGCACCCAAGCCAACGCCAAGCAAACCCAAACCCACCAUCAAAACCCCACCUUGCCCACCCAAUGGACCAAUAUAUUAUCCACAACCAAGAGGACCAAUAGUUGUGCUGCCGCCACCAAAAGGACCAAUAUUUUAUCCACCCAGAGGACCUAUUGCACCACCGCCACUACCACCACGUCCAAAAAAAUGCUAGGACAGACAACUUUUUAAUUUGUUCAGCUGUUGAUUACUCUUGAAAGUUUUGAUUGCGCUUCGUUAAUAAUAUCAAAUAGAUUGGUCGUUUAUCAGCA